GAUGGUGAGAUGGAUGUGAUGUGCUGUAAAUCAGUAGGAACUGAUCUGUCUAUGCUGGAUAUUGAUGAUUUUAUCACAGAAAUCUCUCGGCUGAAGAAAGAGGUGGCGUUACUGGAGAUAAAGCUGAGGUUAAGAGGAGAUGAAGGACUGAAUAGAGAGGAUGGGGUUUGUUGUGAAUCUUCAGGGUAUGUGACUGUUUGGAGCUCCAGUGAAUGUCUGGAUUCAGUGUGGAUGAGCAGAGAUCAGAGCCGCACACCACAGUCACUGCUGGAUAAACUCUCUGAAGAGACAUCCAGACACACACAGGACUCAGAUCUCAGUCUGUCUUUACUCUCUUAUACUGAGUCAAAGCUCACAGACGCUCAGGACACUACAGUGUGUGACAGUAAACAGAGCUUACAGGAGGAUCAAACCUCCACAGAGUCUCUGGAUUCUGUCUGUAACGCUGGAGAACAGCAGCAGAUCCUGCAGACCAAACUCAAGAUGUCUUCAGUUAAACCGAUGGACAGUGGGAACCUGAUGAUGAAGAUGAGAAGAGAAACUACACCAGAUGAAGAUCACACUGAGGAAGAUGGUGACAAUCAUGAUGAUUUUAUUCCUUCAGAUAAGAUCAGUGAUUCGUGUUUGGAUGGAGAAAUAACAUCUUUAUCAUCAAAAGAGCGACAGACGGCACAAACUCUUUCCUGCAUCACCGAUGGAGAGACAUUGAGCUCACAGAGACAUUUAGAUAGAAAUGCAGAGCAAAAACUCUUGACCUCCACCAGUUCUGAGAUCAGCUCUACUACCUUACAAAAGUAUGAACGUCAUCAUUCAAAAGUGCACAGAAAGAAGAAGAAGAAGAAGAAGAAGAAGCACUUUCACUGUCAGCAAUGUGGGAAGGAUUUUGGCUUCUUAUCUCGGCUAAAAGUUCACGUGAGGACACACAGUGGUGAAAAGCCUUUCUACUGCACUGAAUGUGGCAAAUAUUUCAGCACCAAACAAAGUCUUUAUAUUCAUCAGAGAAUUCACACUGGAGAAAAACCAUACGAGUGUCCUCACUGUGAGAAGAGAUUCAACCAAAAACCUUAUCUGAAGACACAUAUGCUUAUACACACCAAUGAAAAACCGUAUCAGUGCAGUCAAUGUGACAAAACCUUUAGGGUUUUAAGUUCAUUAAAAUUACACCAGAAUAUUCACUCUGAGAAGAAACGCUAUCCGUGUUCACACUGUGAUAAAGGUUUCGGUCUGAAAUCUACUCUGAUAGCCCAUGAGAGAAUUCACACUGGAGAAAAACCUUACAUCUGCUCUCAAUGUGGAAAGAGCUUCACUCAUCUAAGUCAUUUUAAAGUUCAUCAGAGAAUUCAUACAGGAGAGAAACCUUACAUCUGCUCUCACUGUGGAAAGAGCUUCACUACUCAAGGUAAUUUUAAAGCUCAUCAGACAAUUCACACUGGAGAGAAACCUCAUCACUGUACUGUUUGUGGAAAGAGUUUUAGUUAUCGUCAAAGUUUAGUGAAACACCUGAGAACUCAUACAGGUGAAAAACCGUUACAAAUGUUCUCAGUGUGAGAAGACGUUUACUAAGCCAGAUUCCUUAAAAGCCCAUUUGAGAGUUCAUAUGUAAGAGAAACCUUACGGGCCCUAUCAUACAUCCAGUGCAAUGGGCAACGCAAGUGCUCUUCACUAGUUUCAACCCAUCGCAAUGAUCAAUUUCACAUUUAGUGCCGCGUUGUUUAAAAAGCAAAUGCAUUUGCGCACAAUUUUGCACCCAUGGGCGUUCUGGUCUGAAAAUGAGCCAUGUGAACUUCAGGCACAUUCUUGGUGCGUUGCUAUUUUGAGGCAACUAAAAUAGACUACGCCAUUGACCAACUAAAACCUGGUUUAAAGUCAAUGACGCAAUAUUGUUUUUGUUAUUUAAUGAGCGUGUUAGUAAUACGGGAUGACAGUGCGCGUUUGCUUAGCACACCCAUGGAUGCGCAGCAGAACACAACCCUUUUAUAAUAUGAAAAAUUAAAGGAUUAAAAUGUAAAAGAUUAUUAUUGAGUCUCUUGGACUUAAAUGAGGACCGAUUAUGAGACGUUAAAAGAUGUAAAGAGCUGCUUCACCCGUAGCUUGGUAAGAAAUUGUUUUGCUUUAAACACAUACUUCUGUUUUAAAAUGU